AUGGCCGCCCUCACGGUCACAGCCUGCGUCUGCUCGUAUCCCUGGCUGAGGGGCAGAUGGUUUAGGACGGGGGAGGACCCGGCGAGCAGGAAAAGCAUUGCGAAACAGUGGAUCCGGGGUGGUCCCGCGGCCGUGUGCGACCAGGCCCAGGACAUCUCUCCCAGCCAAACACCAGCACGUCGUGCAGAGUCCCGGUCCGUUUGGGCGGCGAGCCACAGAGGUCUUGUCGGGUCGCCGUUUGUCCCAGCACUCGGGAAGGUGCAGCAUGGAGGCCACGGAGCGUCGGCGGCAUCCAAGCGACUCGCUCCCUCGCAGUUCACGUCGUACGCUGCGCUAAAGCCGGCGCUGGCGGUUGGUGAUGACGAGCCGGCGGUUGCACAGGUCGGCGAGGUGAAAGAAACCAAUUUCGCGCUGCUGGGGAGCCCUGGAGGCAUCCUGGCCUCCCCCACGGGAGCUUGCGUGCAUCAGACCGGCCUCAGCAUCAGACAGGCCUCAGUCAGAGACGGCCAUGACCUGGCCGUGGCGGGCAUCCAUGGACCUCGAGGCUUCGUGCGCUUCCAACGAGAAAUAGAGUUCGUGCUGCCGUUGCGCACCAGGUCUCUGAGUCGUGCCACCGCUCGCAAAGCCGUGCAUGCAGCAGGGCCCGCCAAGGCCCAGCAUCAGCAGCACGCACCUGGGGCCAACAGACGCCUCCGGGCCAGAUCGGGCCGCGACAUGUGGCUGCCUGCGGCGAUUACUGGCGAGGCUCCACCACCCCCCUCCACCACCAUUCACCAUCCUCCACCACACCUGGUGCCACACGCCGCUCAGCCCGCCGUCUCUCGUGCCUCGCGCGCCCUGGAACGCCCAGCACCGCUUGGAGGCUGCCCCAGCGGGCCACCUGCCACUUGCCAGCCCGCCGGAAUCCGUCCAACCCCAGAUCUAUCUCAGCCACAGGCGCACCGCGCGCAGCAACCACGCUUCGGGGUCGCCGCGACCUUGCGUCUUGCUCCCGACGACCCAGACGGCUCUUUUUGCCUGGUAUCCGUGCCGUCUCGCGUGGGGAGGCAUGUCGUCCAGGGGCAGACGCUUGCGUCAGGCCACCAGCAGCAGCAGCUCGCUAUUUUUGCGCCAGAGGGCAGGCCGCGGGAGGCAGAGCAGAACUCGGGACACGAGCCUGGCAAGAGCUGGGGACUGUGGAAUGACGAUAUCCGCCGCGGCAGUCGACAAUCCUGCCUCGUGGAGUCGUGGGCCGCAUUGUGCAAGGCGCUGCAGUGGAGCAGCGGAGAUAUGGACACGGCGGGCGGCGUGGUGGGAGAGACGUCAGGCCGUCAACGCCGCGCGCUGGUGCUUCCGCUCCACGCGCCAGCCUUCUGGGAGAAGAUGCAGAGCACGAAGCGGGCCAAUCACACAGGCCGCAGCGAAUUCCAAAUCACAGUCGUCGGCCCAACGUCGGCUCCCCCUCGCGGCGACCCGUUCGCCUGGCCCUGUGCACUAAGCAUCGAGGGCGUCCGAAUCGGGACGCGCGCGUUACCGCCCUGGGCCGAGAUGCCUCUGUUGAGCAUGCUUGGCGCUCGCCCGCUGCAGAGCCGACCUGGCUCGCGCCGCGGUCCCGGCAUGCCGGUGCUGUUUUGCUGCCGGCGCCAGUCCCGCCCAACGGCUGUCUGCGCGAACAACCUCACGCGGUAUCGUCUGCUCCGCCGCGGUUUGGCUGCCCCCGCCGGGCACCGCUCCCUCAGCACCCGUUGGUUCGUCGGCACGCCAUCGCUCCUCUCUGCGCCCUGGGGCCUGAUUCGCGCGCCGUGGCCUCAGCGAUCCGGCGCUUGUCACGGCGAUCAGAAUCUGCGCUCGGUUCCAAAGCAAGUCUUUGCGCGGCGUUUGAUCGCUCGCCCGUUGCCCUGCUGGAUCAGAGUGACGCCCGCGCUCAACGUCGCUGGAUGGCCGCGGGUGAUCGCCUCACGACGUCCAUCGUCGCCUCAUCGCGCCGCACGACGCUCCCCGGAUGCGCGGGCGCAAGAGGGCGACAUGGCGGCGGCGGUGCGGGCUUUCCCUCGCAGCUGUCAGAGCAGCAGUCUGCAUGCCUCCAUCAAGGUGGAAUGCUCGGCCGGCUGGCACGCGCACCAGCGCGUUUCCGACGUCUCGCAGCGCAGAUUCCACGUCCCACGAAACGAUCCCAGGUGCCACCAGGUCCGGGGAGGCUCGUCGACGCCGGCGCCCCUUGGGCCCGGCUGCUGGACGGGCCAGGGCGCGGCGGUGCAAGGAGAACCGCAUCACCACGCCCAGCGGAGGGCCACAGGAGGCCACGGCCUGGCGGAGCGUGUCUCUGAGCAUCGCGUAGCGCUGCAAUUGCUGGCCAUGGCAAUUGCAGCAGCGGUGCCACGGUACCAGGCAGACCCAGCGGAGCCCAUACCGCGCGAUAUGCACCACCCUGGGGCGCAUCCUUCACCCGACGAUCUGGUUACAGACAUUCAGGCAGGCUGUCGCCCAAAGCGGCGUGGCCACCAGAUACAAUUAGUCGCGCGGUCGCCGCCGCCUUUCCCUAUCUGCGUCUCGCCCACCCCUCCCGGAUCGCCCAGGCCGCCUGCAUCCCGAAGCGUGCCAGCCCCACAGGCAAUAACUCCUCCAGACGCCUUGGCGCUGCCUGUGCACCACCGCGCCCUCCUUCCCCGCUGCCAAUAUAUACUCUCCGAGACCCACGGCCCAUCUCGCUCACCGUUGGCCUUUGCCGCCGUGCUUCCCGUCCAGCCUCUUAACGCCUCGACCACCCUCGCGUCCCUCACUCCCUCUCUCCACCAUAGCUCCUGUCCUGUUGUGCAUUUAUCACUCACCAAGGUAUGUCGCCGUCACUUCCUCCUUGCAGUGCUGUUCCCCAAGCAUUCACCUCCUAGCUGUAACGGGGGGACGCAUAACAUCGAGACCUUCGUUCCGUCGAUCGUUUUCGUUCGAGUCGUCCUGUUUACGGUCGUGGACGCUGGCAUCAGAGCGUGGACGUGGAUGCUUGCUCAGAUCACACGGCACAACCAGUCCUAA